AUGGAAGAAGGACGUAGAGAUCCCGGCAACGCCGAGAUGUCUGGCGGGAAAAGAUUCGCUACAUACAUGAAAAUUUAUUACAAGACAUUCAUCAUAAUAAUUGUUCCAAUUAUAUUAUCACCUUUAAUAUUUAUGAAUAAGAUGGAUCCGAAGUUCAAUUGCAUGUACGUGGUUAUCCUCAUGGCGGUUUAUUGGACUACGGAAGUGAUACCGAUCAACGUAACGGCGCUUAUACCAAUUCCACUUUUUCCAUUAUUAGGUGUUUUGGAUACCAGGAGUGCAUGUAUGGAAUAUUUGACAGACACAAAUAUAAUGUGUAUAGGAAGCUUGGUGUUUACUAUAGCAAUAGAAUAUUGCAAUUUGCACAAUAGACUUGCUCUUCUGAUCCUUAAAAGCAUUGGCUGCAGUCACUAUAAGUUGCAUGCAGGUUUUGCAGCGCUCACUUCGUUUGUAUCGUUGUGGUUAACAAAUAUGGCUGCAACGGCUAUGAUGUGCCCAAUAGUAAUGGCAAUUUUGACAGAAUUGGAAAAUCAAGGCUUAUCAACUGUAUACGAAAACAGAAUUUCCGUUGGUCCCAAUGCAAAUAUCAAUGACCAGAAAUUAAUUGAUGACCCUGUGCCGACAAAAUUGACUGUAGCAUAUUAUCUGACGUUGGCCUAUGCAUCUACUAUUGGAGGUACAGGAACCUUGAUUGGCACCGGGACAAAUAUGACCCUCAAGGGUAUUUUCGAAAACAUAUAUAGCGGUGUGGAACUAAGUUUUCCUCUAUGGUUGAUUGUAUGGCUACCACCGAUGGUGAUAACAAUAAUAUUCGUGGAAUUGGGAAUGCAAAUUCAAUAUUUGGGAUUGUUUAGGCCCAAAAGCAAAGACGCAAAAGUUGCAACCAUUUCACCCGAGGCACAGCAAUCCAUACAAGAGGUGAUAAACGCAAAAUACAAGGAACUUGGCCCAAUGACUUGCCACGAAAUUACAAUUCUAAUUCUGUUUAUUUUAAUGGUUCUACUUUUCUUCUUCAGAAGUCCUGGAUUUAUGCCAGGAUUCAGUGUGCUGUUUGUUAAUAAGAAUAUACCGGCAGAUCAGCAAAAGAAAUAUCUGAAAGAUGCUGCAGCUGUCGUAUUGUUAAUUAUCUUGAUGUUUAUUCUGCCAAAAAAAUGUGAUUGCUUUAAUUUUUGUCGAAGAAAGCCUGACUACAUUCCGGAUAAAACUGGUCAGGCAGCUAUUACCUGGAAAUAUAUAAAUAAUAAAUUACCAUGGGGAUUUGUUUUUUUGCUUGGAAGCGGGUUUGUGUUAGCAAAAGCAGGAAAGGAUUCUGGUAUGAAUGAUUACAUUGGUGGAAAACUGAAUUACUUUUCUGGUUUGAAUCCAAUCCUUUUGAUAUUAGUCGUCAUGAUUUUUGUCAAAUUUCUAACAGAGUUCAUAACGAAUAUCGCUGUGGCCAGCCUCACAUUGCCUAUUCUAGCAGCUAUGAGUAGUAAAACGCUAAAGAUUCAUCCAAUGAAUUUGAUGAUGCCGGCAACUAUAGCAAGUUCACACGCUUUUGCGUUGCCAGUAGGCACACCAGCUAAUGCGAUUAUUAGGGAAUAUGCUUUUGUACCUACACCAAGAAUGAUGAUCGGUAGCUUGUGGCCUAGUUUUGUGAAUUUGUUUGUAAAUUGGCUACUUUUCAUCUCAUACGGAAAAUUAGUAUACCCUGAAUUGAAUACAUUCCCAAGCUGGGCGAAACAAUAUCCUUUUGGAGUUAGAAUAACGUACUUCUUUUACACAUAUUGGGCAACAAUAAUUGUUACAAUAUGCCCAAUCAUAUUUAUGCCGAUUAUGAUCUGCAACAAUUUUGAACCGAAAUUUAAUUGUUUAUAUGUGCUGUGCGUAAUGGCCACAUGUUGGAUAACAGAAGGAAUUCCAUUACCAGUUACUUCAUUAAUGCCUAUAUUCUUUUUUCCCCUGUUAGGAGUAAUGAGUUCUUCUGAAACUUGCAGAUGGUACUUUACAGAUGCUGUGGCUUUAUGUUUGGGAACAAUGCUUAUGGCAAUAGCAAUAGAAUAUUGCAAUUUGCAUAAAAGAGUUGCUUACGCCAUCAUGUCUCGAGUAGGAUGUAGUCAUCCAAAAUUACAUGCAAGUUUUGCAGCAGUAACAACUUUCAUCUCAAUGUGGAUAACAAACACUGCUACCACUGCCUUGAUGUGCCCAAUAGUUAUGGCAAUUCUUGUCGAACUGGAAAAUCAAGGUGUAAGCAAGGUUUAUAUAAAUAGAAUUGCUACAGGGCCAGAUGCCAAUCUCGGAAAGCAGGAUCUUCCUGAUGAUCCGAUACCAACAAAAUUGACUGUGAGUUAUUUUUUGGUCAUUGCCUUUUCCUCUACAGUUGGUGGUACGUCCACAAUAAUUGGCACAGGCACUAAUAUGAUGUUGAAGGGUGCAUACGAAACAUUAUAUCCUGAUAGCGAUGUAAGCUUUGUGUACUGGAUGAUACUAUUCCUGCCGCCUAUGAUAAUCAAUGCUGUUUUGAUGGAAUUGGGAUUGCAGUUUAUAUUUUUUGGCUUAUGGAGAAAAAACAGUGAUGCUGCCAAGGCUAUCCAUAUUGAUGAGGACACAAGAAACUCAAUAAAACAAAUAAUUAAACGAAAAUAUGCGGAUCUGGGACCCAUAACUUGGCACGAAUGUAGCAGCUAUGCUUUGGCCCAAGGCAGUUUAGUAUCAGGAAUGAACGAUUACUUAGCAGAAAAGUUGAAGCAUUUAGCUGCUGUGCCAUUAGCACUUUUAUUAUUACUUGUAUUAAUUUUUAUUAAAAUAUUAACCGAAUUUAUCUCAAACGUAGCUGUGGCGAGCAUUACACUGCCUAUUUUAAACACGAUGAGCCAGAAUUUGCAAGUUAAUCCUUUGUAUUUUAUGUUGCCGGCUACUAUUGUAGCUUCAUAUUGUUUCUUGAUGCCAGUCGGAACACCGCCAAAUACCAUCCUUAGAACCACUUAUCAUAUCAAACCUAGACAAAUGCUUAAGGGUGGUUUGUGGACAAGUUUUAUAACACUUUUCAUCACUUGGACAAUGUUUCUAUUUUACUCAUCAUUGAUCUACAAAGAUUUACUUUCUUUUCCCCGGUGGGCAGAAAUUAAAGACGCAGAAAAUGUGGAAGCUUUUCUUCUGUUUGUGCGAAAUUUAAUUGUACAGUCGAGACAUUCAGGUGGACUUCGAGGGGAAGCCUUCACGAUAAAUGAUAUUAUUUACAACGAAACAGAUUAUAGUCUUUAUGCAUUAAACUGGGGCGACAAUCUGAGUUUUGAAACUUCUUUGAGCUAG